AUGCCUCCUGCGCCUUACCACGGCCUUGGCCGCUUGGGCUUCGUCGUGCUCGCUUCCAGUGCAACUAUUUAUGCGCCGCUAGUGUAUGCGACAACCCAAGACACGUCCAGCAACAACAAUCUGAUCAAGGCACAAGACGGGCCAGUAGUACUGACUGCAACACAAGAUACUCCUGGCAUCCUGGUUCUCGACUAUGGCGUUGAGACGGAAGGCAUCCCGUCCUUUGACGUUGUCGCCACCGCCGGUGACACGUCUAUGCUCGAGAUUACCUACUCUGAGACAGAGGCCGCGCUGGGCCGUUACAUGGGUGAUGGUCCGCUUCCGCUCGCAGCUGCCAUGGACACCUACCGCAUCAACGCCUACAACAUUUCGGCCCCUGGACAGGUCCGGAACCGCCUCAUCCAGGGAGGCUUCCGCUACCAGAAGCUCAAUCUCUCCUCCGUCGGCGAAAUCAUCCUACACAACGUCGGCGUUGUCCCGACCGUGCACAAGACACCUCUCACCGAACUGCCCGGUUCUUUCGCCUGCUCGGAUAGCUCGCUCAACGAAAUCUGGACUGCUGGUGCUAGAACACUCCAGCUCAGCGAAAUUCCCAAGAAUUCUGUGCCCGAGUUCUGGCAGGUCUCGAGCGAGGGUGUCCUGAUCGACAGCCAGGCCCCUCAAGUUGCAGUGGGCCUCGUCGCAGGCUCUUCAACUGUGUAUGGUCUCGAGUUCAAGGUCAAGCCUCUUGUCAAAGGUUUCGGGUUCUUGGUGCUCUCUGAUACGCUGAACAGCGGCAUCUACAUUUCGGUGGACAUCUCUGCGGGUACCAUUGCCGCGUAUGUCGGAGGCACAGCCCAAGACACACUGCUUUCGAAGCAAGUGCUUUCCCCAGAUACGAUCAGGGGUCUAGACGCCUGGCACCAGGUGAAUGUUGAAGUGGCUAUCACCGAGAUCAAAGUAGUGAUGGACGGUGUCAUGGUGUUCGAACUCUCCCAGACCAGCAAGUUUUACGGCUCAUACGGGCUCGGCGCUUCAUUCGGACACCGCGCCGUCUUCAAGGACCUGAAAGCGACUGACGCUGCUGGUGCCACGACGUAUGAGCACUCCCUGACUGACAAGAGCUGCUUCGACGACUUCCUCGUCGGCACGAACCCUCUCGACACGUCGGUAGACGCAACCCGCCGCGACCGCAUCGCGUACACUGGCGACCUCGACAUCGCCGGCGCCGCAGCCCUCGCAAGCACGCACGGCCUCAACUUUAUCCUCGGGACGCUGGAGCUCUUCGCGCCCCUUCAGGCCACGCCUGGAUUCUUCGUCCCCACGGUCAAGAUCCAGCAGGGACCCUCGGCACCAAUGGACUUCAACACGACCGGCCUAAUCAGCUACUCAUGGAAUCUUCUGACCGCGGUCGCCCUGACCUAUAGCCAUACCGGCGACAUCGCGUUUGCCAGGACCUGGGCGCCCAAGGUGCAGGCCAUGCUCGACUGGUCUCACUCCCAGGUACUCCCAGAGAGCGGCUUGUUCAAUCUGUCCGAGCCCUCGUUCGGCGGCGACUGGAACUACUACGACCCCGUGCGGUCAGGCGUCGUGACCAAGUUCAACGUCGUCUACGCGUACGCCCUGCAGGAGACCACGCAACUCCUCGCCGACGGCGGCAUUGACGCCUCCAUCUACCAGGACCGCCUGGCCGCGCUCCGCACGGCUAUCGACGCGCAGCUCUGGAGCGACGAGCUCGGCGCGUACGUCAUCUCCGAGUCCAACCGCGCCGGCUUCGCCCAGGACGCCAACGCCCUCGCCAUCCUCGCCGGAGUUAACCAGGACCCGGCACACUCAUCAGACGUGAUCCUGGCCACGCUCUCAGACCAGCUGUCCACCCCGCGCGGGCCCUUGGCCUUCUCCCCCGCCGUUACAGCAGCCGGCUUCCGGCGAUACAUUAGCCCGUACGCAUCGGGCUACCACCUCCGCGCCGCCCUCGCCGCGGGCAACGUCCCUGCGGCAAGGGAGCUGCUCGACACGUUGUGGUCCCCCAUGAUCGACGUGAAAAAUGCCAACUACACGGGCUGCCUCUGGGAGACGCUGAACGAUGCCGGCGAGCCCGCGUUCGGUCACGCGACGAGCCUCGCGCACGGUUGGGCCGCGGGCCCGACCGCCGAGCUCAGCCGCUUCGUGCUCGGCGCACGGGCUACGGCGCCGGGUUGGGCCACGUGGGCCGUGUCACCGCUGACGCUUGGCGAGCGGUGGGCGAGCGGCAAGGUCCCGACGCCCGGUGGCGGCGCGGUGGCGGUUGAGUGGAAGUUCUGCGACGACGGCGGGCUGUUGAGUAUGACGGUACAGGCACCCGCGGGGACUAAGGGCGUGGUGACACUGCCGGUGCCGCUGCUGGUGAGUGCCGAGGAGACGGUAAUCCGGGUUGAGGGUGUGAUUAUUGAUGAGAUGGCCGACCACUCUGCAUCCGGCGCUGCAGACGCGGGCGGAUUCGACUUUGCGCUCUACCGCUACGAGCUAUCGCUACCAGCUGCCAUCGCGGCUGUUGCCGUCUUCCUCAUCCUAUCACUCCUCCACACAUGGCGCAUCGUGCGCCACCGCUCCUUUUACUUCACCACCUUCACGAUCGGCGGAUUUUUCCAGGUAAUUAGAUACUGCGGCCAUAUCUGGUCCCAUUAUGACCCAAUAGCUAUUGGAGGCUUCGUCAUGCAGGCCAUCCUAACCCUCGUCGCGCCCGCGCUGUACGCCGCCUCGAUAUACAUGAUUCUCGGCCGGCUGAUCCAGGCCCUCGGCGCCGACCGGCUCUUCGCCAUACCACUCAAGUGGAUGACUAAGAUCUUUGUCUCCCGCGGCGGCGGCAUCCAGGCGGCCGGCACGCUCGAGCUCUACAACCUCGGCGAGAAGGUCAUCAUUGUCGGGCUGUUCGUCCAGAUCGCCAUCAUCGGGUUCUUCCUCGCCACUGCCGUCACGUUCCACCUCCGCCAGCGACGGUGCUCCAUCGCGUACGGCACCGCCACGACAAGCGCAGCAGCCGAGCCGAGUCGCUUUCCAGUCGGGACAGCAGCGGGCUCGAGACGUACGAUCAGCACGGCCGGGCAUUGUGAACACGGCGACAACACCCCACGUAGAAGACUCCCAAAGGUCGCGUCCUAG